ACUUCAGUUCCUUUCGCAUGAAGAGCUCAGAAUCAAAAGAGGAAACUAAGAUGAGCCUUCCAUGUAAAAUUGUAGCCAGCUUCCUUCUGAUUUUCAACAUUUCUUCCAAAGGUGCAAUCUCCAAAGACGUUAGGAAUGCCUUGGAAGUCUGGGGUGCUUUGGGUCAAGACAUCAACUUGGACAUUCCUGAUUUUCAAAUGAGGACUGAUAUUGAUGAUAUAAAAUGGGAAAAAGGUUCAGACAAGAAAAAGAUUGCACAAUUCAGAAAAACGAAGGAUACUUUUCAGAAAGAUGCAUAUAAGCUAUUAGAAAAUGGAACUCUGAAAAUUAAGCAUCUAAAGAUGGAUGAUCAGAAUACGUACAAGGUAUCAAUAUACGAUUCAAAAGGGAAAAGUGUGUUGGAAAAAACGUUUGAUUUGAAGAUUUUAGAGAGAGUCUCAAAACCAAAUAUCUCCUUGACUUGUGACAACAAAACCCUGACCUGUGAGGUAAUGAAUGGAACCGACCUUGAAUUAAACCUGUAUCAAAAUGGGAGCAAUCUCUCUAAAGGUUCUCAGAAGGUCAUCACAUACAAGUGGACCCCCAGGCUGAGUAGGAAAUUCAACUGCACAGCAAGAAACAAAGUCAGCGAGGAAUACCGUGUGGUGGAUGUCAGCUGUCCAGAAAAGCGUCUGGACAUCUAUCUCAUCGGCGGCAUUUGUGGAGGAGGCAGCCUCUUGAUGAUCUUUGUGGCACUGCUCGCUUUCUACAUCAGCAAAAGGAAAAAGCAGAGCAGGCGGAGAAACGAUGAGGAGCUGGAGAUAAGAGCCCACAGAGUCGCUGCUGAAGAAAGGAGUCGGAAGCCCCACCAAAUUCCAGCUUCAACCCCUCAAAAUCCAGCAGCUUCCCAACAUCCUCCUCCACCACCUGGCCAUCGUUCCCAGGCACCUAGCCAUCGUCCCCUGCCUCCUGGACACCGUGUUCAGCACCAACCUCAGAAGAGGCCUCCUGCUCCGUCAGGCACACAAGUUCACCAGCAGAAGGGCCCACCUCUCCCCAGACCUCGAGUUCAGCCAAAAUCUCCCCAUGGGGCAGCAGAAAACUCAGUGUUCCCUUCCUCUAAUUAAAAAAGAUAGAAACUGUCUUUUCCAUUAAAAAGCACUGCAGAUUUCUGCAGUCCUGAUGUGCACAUCCGCGCUUCCAGCAGGUGUUUUCUACGUGCAGAACAUGGUCACCUCCUGAGGCUGUGGGCCACAGCCAUCUCUGCAUCUUCGAAUUCAGCCACGUGGGCAACUUCUAGAGUCUUUGGUCUCCUCAGAGAGCUCCAUCAUACCAGUAAGGAGAAGCAAUAAAAGUGUCAUUUUGAGAAUGGUAGAUGACCGAGCACAGAAAUCUUAGAGAUGUCUUGUCCCCUCUUAGGUCACGCGCAGAUGCGAUAAGUCAAGUGACUGCUGUGUCUGGGUCUCGCUACAAGCAGUCUAUCUGCCUGAGAGACUCCGGACUUUCUUAUGUGCCCCGGUGGACACUUGCCCACUGUCCUGUGAGUAAAAGUGAAAUAAAAGCUUUGAUUAGA